AUGAGCUUCGCUAUCGAGGUACCCGGCGACGCCAAUCCCCUCAGUCUGCAGGAGCUCUGCAGGGCCCUCGAGUCCGCAACCUCGACCGACUAUGCGCGAAGGCAGGCAGCCGGCCAACAGCUUUCAUCGUGGGAGACCGAGAACGGCUACUUCUCCUCGUUGCAGACCGUCUUUCUCGACAAGUCCCUCCCCUUCGAAAUCCGAUUCCUGGCCGUUAUUCAACUUAAAAACGGUAUCGACAAGUACUGGCGACUACUACCGACCGUAAAGGGAGGCUUAGAUCCGGCGGAAAAGACCAUCAUUCGACAACGACUGUUCCAGGGUACUCUCGAAGAGGAGGAAAGAGGCCUGUCGCUACACAACUCGCUGGUCACCGCAAAGGUCAUUAGGAUUGACUACCCGCAAAACUGGCCUGAUGCCCUGUCCAACAUCAUUGGUCUUGUCAGGAGCUCCAAAGAUGGCAAUCAGCAGCAUCUGCACGGCGCUCUUCAGAUCCUUCUGCGGGUGGUCAAGGAGCUGGGCACUGCUCGGUUGAGAAGGUCACAAACCGCACUCCAGUCUGUCACCCCGGAGAUUGUCUAUCUUCUGGGGGAGGUAUACACCGAAAAGUCGGCUAUUUGGAUGGGAUUCCUUACGAACGGGCGCGGCGACGAGGACGAAGCCGACCUAGCCAUGCUUAACAGUCUCGUCUCUCUCAAGACACUUCGCCGCUUACUCGUUGUUGGCUACGAAACACCUCACAAUGAUAAGACGGUUCAGCAGUUCUGGACAGUAUCUCAGAAUCACUUUGGACAAUUCCUUGGAUUUGUCAGUCACGACUCCCAUGUACCUGCGCCCUACCAAGACACAGUUGGCAAGCAUCUUCUGCAGUUUACAAAGCUCCACAUCGAUAUGUCCGAGUCACAUCCUGCCAGCUUUGCCGUUCUGCCGAACUCAUUGCCUCUCGUACACGCCUACUGGGACCUGGUUGCCAAGUUUGCUGAGGUGUUUGAAAAAUCCGGAGGCAUCCGCCAGUCUUCCGGUGACUCUGGACAGUCAGAGUCAAAGUCCAAGGUGGAGGGUCCCUUGCUGGAACGACUAUCGCUCAGAGCUCUGCUACUGAUGAGAUCAUGCUUGAGGAUCGCCUUUUACCCUAAGCAGACCUUCAAAUACAGGAGCGCCGAGGCCAAGAAAGAUGAGAAUGACGCCGUUAUGCUCAUCAAGCAGGAACUGCUCAAGGACGAAUUUGUAGUCCAGAUGGCCAACACCAUCAUUACACACCUUUUCGUCUUCCGAAAGGCUGACCUAGAUGCUUGGGAGGAGGAUCCAGAAGAAUGGGAGCAACAGGAGCAGAGCGAGGGUAACGCCUACGAAUGGGAGGUUCGACCUUGUGCUGAGAAGCUUUUCUUGGAUCUUCUCGUCAACUUCAAAAACCUCAUGAUACCCCCUCUACUUUCCUACUUCCAGACGGCGACAAACCCACAAGCAGAUAUCGCUACCAAGGAGGCAGUGUAUACGGCUCUGGGUUUGGCUGCGCCUAACGUUGUCGACGUCUUCGACUUUGACAGCCUGCUGGUAUCUACUGUCGUCCAAGAUGCUCAACAACAAGGACCUCUCUACAAGGUGCUUCGCCGUCGAAUCGCAAUCAUGAUCAGCCAGUGGGUCACCGUAAAGAUUGCGGACAAUAGCAGACCAAUCAUCUACGAAAUGUUCCGGCACUUCCUCAAUCCCGCCGAUUCUACGAACGACACCGUUGUUCUGAUCACUGCCGCUCGCCAGCUCCGUUGGAUUGUUGACGAACUGGCUUUCAGUGCCGAGGCAUUCCUUCCUUACGCUGCCGACGUGCUCAACCAGCUGCUUCAACUGCUUCAGGCCGUCGACAUUGACGAGACAAAAUUGGCCGUCUUGGAGUCCAUGCGCAUUCUCGUCACGAGACUAGAGCAUCAUGUGUCUCAAUUCGGAGAUUUCAUCAUGACCAGUCUCCCAGGAAUUUGGCAGAACUCCGGUAACGAGGACUACAUGAUCAAACAAGCCAUCAUUGCCAUCUUCGCAGCUUUGGUCAUGUCCAUGGGGAGCGAAUCACAGAGAUAUCAACAUGUGAUGGUUCCGCUGCUAUCAGAAGCAGCAAAAAGCGGUUCUGAUCUCCACACCUAUCUGAUUGACGAGGUGCUAGAUCUUUGGAACUCGGUUUUGAUGCAGAGCAACCCUCCAGUAUCUAACGAAAUCAUGAGCAUAGCGGAACUGUCGCUUCCGUUGCUGGAGUAUCAGACAGAGACCGCAGCUGUGGCUCUCUCCGUGGUCGAGUCGUACAUUCUCCUGGGCACGCAGGCGGUCCUGGAAGACCGACUACGGAGACCGUUCUUGCAAGCACUUUCAGGGGCUCUUGACUCCUCGAGUCGGGAGCAGGUGAGACAAAGCACCGUAUGCAUAGAGUACAUGAUCCGGGCUGCCUCUGAGCUUGGCGGAACCUCUGUGGUCAUUCAAGACAUGCUCGAGAUCGGGUUCCUGAAGAAAAUCUUGGAGAGUCUCCACGAUGCGUGGGAAGCCCACCAAACUACGGGACCAAACAGGAAGGUCAGCAAGUUGAGCACGGUGACGGAGCGCGACUACUUUGCAAUCCUGUCUCGACUAAUUCUUGCUGAUCCCGCCCUUUUCGUCGAGAUGCUCAAGUCUUUCGGUCCUCUGGAACACGUCUGGGCUUGGCUCGGUGGCGAGUGGUUCUUCCAUCUCGACGGUCUCGAUCAUAUUGAGCGGCAGAAACUGUCUCUCUUAGCUCUCACCCGGCUAUUGGAACUUCCGCCACCCAUGCAGAACCUGGCACUCGGCAAGCUGCAGGACUACUUCACCUUUUGGACUGGCACAAUAGCCGAACUGCAAGAUGGUAUGACGGACGCCACCGAUUCCUUGAUCUGGACAGAGAUCGAGCCCAAUGACUACGAGACUCCCAAGAGUCUCAAGGAGACGGAAUGGGUCCAAAAAGAUCCUAUUCAUACAGUGAACGCCAUGUUCUUCGUCAAGGAGAGACUGCAGGAUGUUGUUCAGCGAUGCGGUGGCGAGCAACGAUUUGAGCAAGAAUGGGCGGUCAACGUGGAUAAGGACGUGUUGCAGAAGUUUUGGGGCUUAACGCAGGUCACCAGGAUUGCAUAA